UUUAGAAACAGAAAAAAUGAAAGAUUCAAUUUUUGAAACAGCUCAGAAUUCAGACAACCAGGUCCCAGAACAUGAUUUUAAUGUACCUAGUGGUAAAGUACCAUUAGAAGGUUAUUCUGUUGAAAGCUUGCCAUCAGUACAAAGCUGUGUGGUUUCAAUACAGGAUUUAGACAUAAAUGAGUCCUAUCCUGUUUCCAAAAUAAAAAAAUCACAUUACAGUGAAAUGGAAAAUGGGCAGUAUUUGAAAGGGCCUAGAUCAAAAGUAUGCAAUUCUAAUAGCCAGACUAUACAAUAUGAAAAGACUGAUAUAAAAAGUGGCUUUAAUAAGAGAGAAGUGUCUUCCAAUUUCAGAACAACAACAGAGAGUUCUGCUCAUGCUUUAGGUAUUCCUAAAACAGAUCAAAUUAAUGAAGAGUUUUCACAUGGUGAUAAAAGAAGAAUUUUUGCAAAAGCUGGUAGGAAGACAUACAUUAUAUACCCAAGCUCUCAGAAAAAAACUUCUGUGAAACAAAAAUUACAUGAUGGAAAUGUGUAUACUGAGAAUAUACAUGAAGGAAAUGAAAACUUUCAGAGAAAUUCCAAUGUUCAGCAUGUUACAAUUUCACGUUACCUAAAGAAAGCGGCUGAAUGUUGUGUUGAAACAUCCGAAGAAAGGGUAGAUUCUACACCAAACCCAAGCAAGAAGACCUUUAGUGUUUCUUCAUCUGAUCAAGGUAAAUGUGUAGAGAAAGUAAUUUCUAACAAUACUGAAAUAGCUACUGAGUUCCAUAAAAUUCAAAAAAACAUUCCAGUUCUGAAAAACCCUGAAACAUUGCAAUUCUCAAGAAUUUACCAAGAAGAAAAUUACUAUGCUUCCACAGAGAAUGUGAACAUAAUUUGUGAAGAGUCUUGCAGCAAAAGACCAGUAUCAGACUUUGCUGUAAUUUCAGGGCGUAAGCCUCUUCAAGAACUGACAAAUAUCAAAGCACCUUCUCUUCCAAAACCCAAUAAAGACUUAGAAGAAAAUUCCACAUCACCUGUUAGACGCAGGCGAGCUACAGUUUGCUACAAAGAACCCAAAAUCAACAGCAAAUUGAGGAGAGGAGAUAAAUUCACAGAUACAGAGUUUCUUAAUGUUCCAGUCUUCAAAGUCAGAAAUAAACAAAGCUUUAAAAGUAAAUCAAGAUUACUCUAAAGAGGAUAUACAGAAAAGUGCCUACCAGUAUGUUGUAUCUACUUUUUAAACAAAUUUUAUUAUUUCUUCUUUACUAAAUUCCACUGACUCAAUUUUGCUUUGAACUAGAUUGCUUUCUUCCACUCUCUUUUUAAUCAGAAUGAAUGAGGUGAGCAAAAGUAUAUCUACACAGUCAAAACUUUAGUGUUGAUAAUUUAUGUAAGUUUAAGCAUUUCGUAGCAUCUUUUGCAUAGCAUAUUCUGCUUUAAAAUUGUUGAAUUAAAGUUUCCAAGUUUUGCACACAA